UUUUUUGAUAUUUUUACAGUGUCAAAUUUUUUGUCAAAAGGAACAAAAUAAAAUUUGUUUUGAAUUAAUAUAAUACAUAAUAGUUUUUGUUGCUAUGGAUGUCUUGAAGAGCAAAUUUAUAUGUCAAGUUGUUGCCAAGAGGUUUACAUCUUACUUAAGAGCACAUAAAAAAAGAUUUUAUAAAGAAGUUACUCUAAAGCCUGUUCAAGAUGGAUUCUUAAUACAGCUUGACAAACGAACUAUAAAAACACCUCUUGGAAAACCUCUACUUGUACCUUGUGAACCUUUGGGCAUUGCGGUAGCAAAUGAAUGGCAUAUGCAAGAUUCUGAUAUUAAUACUAGUGUUAUGCCUCUGACUGUAAUAUGCAACACUGCUAUUGAUAAUCCAUGCAGCAUUACCAAGUCUGAUUUGGUUAAUGGAAUGUUAAGAUAUUUUCAAACUGAUACCAUAUGUGCAUUAGCAGACCAGCCUGAAGAGCUGGUUGAACUUCAGGCAAGAGAAUGGGUUCCUAUAAUCAAUUGGUUUUCAAAAUGGCAUGGAAUAUCGGUUGUUUCCACCUCAAGUUUAUUUGAGUUAAAACAACCUGACUUAUCAAUUUCUAAGCUGAAAGAUCAUCUGAUGAAUUUAAAUCGUUGGCAAAUUUAUGGUCUUCAGUCUGCAAUGGAGAUUACAAAAUCUUUUAUUCUUCCCAUGGUUGUCUCUCAAAAAUAUAUCAGUGUUGAAAAAGCUGUAUACCUAUCAAGAUUAGAAGUUGAACACCAGAUAACUAAAUGGGGAAAUGUAGAAUUUGCUCAUGAAUUAGAAAAGCAGAAUCAAACUAUAUUUCUUGCAGCUGGAAUACUAUUUUAUCAUUUUACAGCUGGGAUACAUGAUUCGUUUGAAUGGAAUAAUAAAAUUUCAUAAAAUUAUUUAUUCCACACAACGUGGUCAACAACAGAAACUUAUUGAGGAUAUGUUUACAGUUAUGUAUGCUGAAAAUACAGAUACAAGAUAUUGCUGAUGGCAACAUAGCUGAUAGCAAGAUAGCUGAUGGAGGAAUUUCUUAAUCAUUUAUGAAUAGAUGUUUUCUAGUUA